AUGUCUGAUAUAAUCAAACAAUACGAACAAAAACUAUCAGAGUUGACAUCAAAUAAUGGACCAAUUAUAACAUAUGUAACUCAAAUAGCAAAACAACAUCCAGAAAUAGCAGAUCAAAUAAUGGAUUUAAUUGCAGAUAGAAUCUUUAAAGUACUACCUGAACAAAAAUUAUAUACAUUAUAUGUAGUGGAUGAUAUUUGUAAAACCGUGAGGAAUCCAUAUAAUAUAUUAAUUGGUGAUGAUUAA